AUGAGUAUCCUGCGAACAGGGGCCCAUGUGCUCCAGAUCCUGCGGCGCAGUCGACCCCAGUGUCUUCUCCGCACUCGUUUCCCCAUACAACCCGCUCCGAGCCGCGCCUUUCACGCUGGCCCCUCGCUCUGGGGGAUCAAGUCGCAGAUUUUGAAGGAUGUUGGAGAAGGUAUCACUGAGGUGCAGAUCAUUCAAUGGUACGUGGAGGAGGGGGCCCAUAUUGAGGAGUGGAAGCCACUCUGUCAAUACCAGUCUGAUAAAGCUGUGGACGAUAUCACGUCACGAUACGCGGGUGUGAUCAAAAAGCUCCAUUUCGAGGCCGACGAUACAGUCCCGACGGGUAGGGCUUUGUGUGAUAUCGAAGUCGAGGAUGGACAAUAUCCCGACGACCAGCCCGCUCACGAACCGACACCAGAGUUGGCAGUCGGGCCUCCAGUGACGCCUCCCGAGUCCGGUGUACUCGCAUCCUCGCAAGCAGCUGAGGUCUCACCCCUCGACCCCCAGGUUGUCGAAGAGCCCGAGGCGAUUCCCAAGUCCAAGCAUGCAUCCCUCGCGACGCCAGCCGUUCGAGGCUUGUUGAAAACCCACAGCGUGGACAUUCUCGAGGUCAACGGCACGGGCAAAGAAGGACGCGUUCUCAAAGAAGAUGUCCUCAAAUACGUCGAGACACGAGACUCUUCGCCAUCACUAACGAGCUCAACUACCACUACCACACCCACGUCCCCAUCUACAUUCGCCGACAUGACCAUGGCACCCUCAUCCACCCUCGUCGAUACCCGCCAGGUCGAAUCCGCAGUAUCUCUGACCCCCAUUAAAUCCGCCAUGUUCAAGACGAUGACCAAAUCUCUCACGAUCCCCCACCUACUCUACACCGACGAGCUCAAAAUCAACGACAUCUCCUCCAUCCGCAAGAAACUCCUCAGUGACUCCCGCGACCCCAAGAAAAUCACAUUCCUCCCCUUCGUGGUCAAAGCCGUCUCCCUCGCCCUGGCUCAAUAUCCCAUCCUCAACGCCCGCGUCGACACCACCGACCCCACCAAGCCCAAGAUCAUCAUGCGGGAAAAGCACAACAUCGGCAUCGCCAUGGAUACCCCCCGCGGCCUGAUCGUCCCCAACAUCAAAGACGUCGCCAACCGAUCCAUCCUGGACAUCGCCGCUGAGAUCUCUCGACUCAGCGCCCUCGGCAAGGAAGGGAAAUUGGGCCCGGCCGAUCUCAACGGUGGUACCAUUACCGUUUCAAAUAUCGGGAAUAUCGGCGGGACGUACGUUGCCCCCGUGAUUGUCCCUUCGGAGGUGGCGAUUCUGGGCGUCGGUCGCACGAGGACAGUCCCCGUCUUUGAUGACAAGGGUGAAGUCGCCCGGGGCGACAUGGUGAACUUUAGCUGGAGUGCUGAUCACCGGGUGAUUGAUGGGGCAACAAUGGCGCGUAUGGGCAAUCGGGUGCGCGAGUUGAUCGAGUCGCCCGAGUUGAUGCUUCUUAAUUUGCGAUGA